GUAGAGCCCAAAAUCCCACGGCCCGCCCACUCAGGUGCUGGACGACCAUUUUUCUCUCGUCGCGCCCAUUGUCGCCACGCUAAACGAACCCAAUCACACAGCCCGAAAAAAUCCUCCACGUGGCACUGGUCCAGCCGACAGCCACCUCAUUCUUGGAAGUAUUAUCUCGACGCCGAGACUCAGACAAUUUUGGCCUUUCCCAAUAUUUGCUUUGUUUAAAAGAUGCAGACCAAUCUCCAAAUUCAAAAAAUUUACUCCGGCAAUGGCCGUCGCAGUUGCUAAUGUCAUGCGAAAGCCACCACCGCCUAGUGCUUUCUUUACGCCGGCGGGGCUCUCCGACCUCUCUUUCCUCAAACUCCUCGCCGCCAUGGCCGGCGAUAUCGUUUCCGCUGACAGUGGUGAGAUGCCGAGAUACCAGCGGCGGAAUGCACGUUGCCUUGUCCGGCGGAUUAGAACCCUUGUAGUCCUCAUCGAAUUUCUCAUAGAAACGCGGCGGCCGCUGCCGAGUUCGGCCGUUCUGUGCUUCAAGGAACUCUACAUCGUCGUGCACCGAGCGAGGAUUCUUCUCGAGUAUUGCUUGCAAUCCAGCCGACUAUGGCUGCUUCUCCGCAACAGGGAAAUUGCCGGCUAUUUCCAGGACCUCGAACGCGAGAUCUCAACGCUGCUUGAUGUUCUUCCGCUCAGCGAUUUCUGCCUCACCGCCGAUGUGAGGGAGCACGUCGAGUUGCUCCGGCGACAAGUUGGGAGUUCUAGGAUUUACGUUGAUUAUGAAGACGAAGAGCUUUGGAUUCAAGUUUUGUCCUUUUUGGAAGAAUUCGGAAAAGGAAGGAUUCCGGAUGUGUCUGACUUGAAAUCAACCUUCACCGAUCGGAUUGGGAUGAUGGAAGCAAGGGAUUUCGAGUCAGAAAUUGAGUUCUUGCAAAAUCAAAUCAAUAGUCACGAAGGGGCCGUAGACACCGAGGCCGACCUGGCAACCAUUGGUGGCGUCAUCGCCGUCGUUCGAUACUCUCGAUUUUCUCUCUUUGGCGCCCAGGAAGUUAAGGAAAGUAACAAGAGAACCACCCGCCGGCCGCCUCCGCUUCCAGUCAGAGAUAUCUCCGCUCUCCCGAAAGAUUUCUGCUGCCCAAUAUCGCUCGAGCUCAUGCGUGACCCGGUGGUGGUCCCAACAGGACAAACGUACGACCGGCACUUCAUCACACAGUGGAUCGCCGGCGGCCACCAGACUUGUCCCAACUCUGGCCAAAACCUUGGAAACGCCGUUUUAAUCCCCAAUUGCGCCAUCCGCAGUCUCAUAUCCCAUUGGUGCGCCGCCAACGGCGUCGCCAACAACUCUCCCGCGACCGGCAGCAUCUCCGCCUCCGCCUCUACCGCCAGCAAGGCCGCGCUAGAAGCCAACCGCGCUACCAUCUGUAUCCUAGUCCAUCACCUAUCCACCGGUGACAACGCUUCCAAAGCCACCGCUGCGCGCGAGCUUCGGAUGCUGGCCAAAAUCGGUAAGGAAAACCGAGCAAUGAUUGGUGCAGAGGAACAAGCCAUCUCCUUUCUCAACCUCCUCCUCCGCUCACAAAACCCAACCGCUCAAGAGAACGCCGUCACCGCCCUUCUCAACCUAUCCAUCAAUGACGCAAACAAAACGCGCAUUAUAACCCAACCCGGCUGCUUGCGCUCAAUCAUCCGAGUCUUACGCUUUGGCCUAACACCGGAAUCAAAAGAAAACGCCGCCGCAACUCUAUUCAGCCUCUCCUCCAUCCAGGAAUACAAGAAACGCGUCGUCGAGGAGCCCGGCGGCGUGGAGGCGCUUGUUUGGUUAUUGAAAAGAGGGCGCUUGAGGGGUAAAAGAGAUGCAGUAGUGGCUUUGUUCAAUCUUUCCACGCAUCCGGAGAGUUGGGAAAGGAUGGUGGGGUCGGGGGCAGUGGAUGCGUUGGUGGGGGCGGUGGUCGAAGAAGAUGGGGUGGCGGAGGAGGCGGCAGGGGCAUUGGCAUUGCUGGCGAGGCAGCGAGUGGUUGCGGUGAUGCUGGGUUGGGAGGAGGGGGCGGUGGCGGGGUUGGCGGGUGUGAUGAGAGUGGGAAGUGAGAGGGGUAGGGAGAAUGCGGCGGCGGCGUUGCAUGAGAUUUGCCGAAGAGGGGGGGCGGAGGUGGCGGAGAGAGUGGCGAGGGUGCCGGGGGUGGCAAGGGUGGUGCAGACAGUUGCCGUGGAGGGAACAAAGAGAGCGAGGAGGAAGGCAGCGGCGCUUGCCAGACUGUUGCAAAGGAGAGAGUGGGGUCCAAUGCCUCUGCCGGCGCCGGCGUCGGGGUGGAGAGGGGCAGGAUGGGGUGUGGAGACGACGACUGGGGAGAUGUCGCCUGUAGCGGUUCCUGUGGCGGUGUUGUGAUACUCUUUUUUUUAUUCAUUCCAAUUUUUUGGUUGAUAAUUAGUUGUGGCUCCUUAGAGCUUUGAGAUGAUACAACUGUAUUAUAAUAGGGGAAGCAUAGUAAGGUUUGUGUUUUUUUUUUUUUUGAAGAAAAUAUAUUGUAUAGACAUAUAAACUUUAAUGAUUGUACCUUUAUAUUUAUUUGGGUCAAAUUAAUUAAAUUAAUUGUUAAGUUUGAACCAAAUUAUUCAACUUGCUAUUAUAACAUGGGCUUAAUUCAUAAAAAAAUAUAUAUAGAAGAUAUUGGUUCAAAUCCUCUACACUUGAGGAUCUUAUAAUCCUCGAGUACUUGUAA